CCACCAUCCACCCCCAGUCUAUCAGACUUGACAACAUCAGCAAAUAGUGACAACGCAUCACCACACAGAUCCCGUUGAAAUCCACCCCAAUCUCGCCGGUUAUUGCAAGUUAAAGAAGAUGUCUAGCCCUGCUGUCACCCCCAUCACCUCGUACAAGCAAUUCAAGGAAUUGCUCGACAGCAACAAGCUCUUCGUCAUCGACUUCUGGGCGACGUGGUGCGGUCCCUGCCGUAUGAUCCGUCCGAUUUUCGAGAAGCUCGCCGAAUCCAAGGACUUCAACUCCAAGAUCGCCUUCUAUUCCGUCGACGUCGACGAGCAGGGCGAGAUCGCCCAGGAGGUCGGCAUCCGCGCCAUGCCCACGUUCAUGGUCUUCAAGGACGGCGGAAAGAUCGAUGAGUUCACUGGCGCCGUCCCCGCCAAGCUCCAGGCUAUGGUUGCCAAGGCCGCUGCGUAAUCGCAGUCCCGCACAUUGUUCAGACCCGUUUCUUCUUCAGCUCACGAUAUCCCAUGCUCCUUCCAUCAGUCCCCGAACUAGCAGCCGUCGUACGAAACCUCAUAUCCUAACACCUGUCCGGGGAUUGUAUUAGAUAUGAGGGAAGAAUAAAUCGUUGUACGUAU